AUGGCCGAGAUCAAGAUCGACAGCAAGCUCUUCCAGGAGCGCAUCUCGCACUUCGCGACCGCCUGGAAGAAUGACCUGCGCUCCAAGGAGAGCUUGUUCGGGGGAGCUACCUCCCUGGUCAUCAUGAUGGGCAAGGUCGAGGACAUGCCCGAGUUUCACAAGAACAACGCCAUGCACUUUUGGCUUCUCGGAUACGAGUUUCCGACCACGAUGAUGCUCUUCACGACCGACACCCUGUACAUCCUCACGACUGCAAAGAAGGCAAAGCAUCUCGACCAGCUCAAGGGCGGCCGGUUUCCGAUCGAGGUCCUCGUUAGAGGCAAGGACGCUGCCGAGAAUGAGAAGCUUUUUGUCAGCAUCGCGGACAAAAUCAAGGCAGCAGGAGACAAGGUCGGGGUGCUUCCCAAGGACACGUCCAGGGGCCCCUUCGUCGACGAAUGGAAGAAAGUCUUCUCCGAGCAGUGCAAGGACGUGACCGAGGUCGACGUCACCACAGCGCUGUCAACAUAUGCGUUCGCGGUCAAGGACGAAAACGAAUUGCGAGCUAUGCGUACGGCGUCGAAAGCUUGCGUCGCCCUCAUGACCCCCUACUUCCUCGACGAAAUGAGCAACAUUCUCGACGCCGAGAAGAAGGUGACGCACUCGGCAUUGGCGGAGAAGGUGGACAAGAAGCUCGACGACAACAAAUUUUGGCAAACGGUCCAGCUUCCCAGCAAGGGCAAGCUCCCCAACGAUUUCGACGCUGGCCAGCUCGAUUGGAUUCUUGGACCGGCUAUCCAGAGUGGUGGUAAAUACGACCUGCGAUUCGGGGCGGAGCCAAACAACGAUAACCUGCACGCCGGCAUCAUCAUCGCUGGCUUGGGGCUCCGUUACAAGUCGUAUUGCUCCACCAUUGCACGGACUUACCUCGUUGAUCCGAACAAGAGUCAGGAGAGCAACUACAAGCUCUUGUACAUGAUUCACAACACCAUCAUCAAGGAGAUAAGAGACGGAAUGGCGGCCAAGGAUGUUUACGCCAAGGCUUUGAGCAUCAUCCGGAGCAAGAAGCCCGACAUGGAAAAGCACUUGCUCAAGAACGUGGGAUGGGGCAUUGGUCUCGAGAACAGGGACCCCACGCUCGUCCUGAACGCCAAAAACCCUCGCACGCUCAAGGACGGAAUGACUCUCAUCAUCCAAACCGGCUUUCAGGACAUCGAGAACCCGCAGCCGCAAGACAAGAGCAGCAAGAACUACUCGCUCGUGCUCACCGAUACUGUUCGUGUAACCACGAGCGAGCCCGUCGUCUUCACUGCCGAAGCGCCGACCAGCGCCGACGCAAACUCGUUCUUCUUCAAGGAUGAUGAGGAGGCAGAGCCGACCCCAAAGAAGGAGAAGAAGGACUCCCGAGUCGGUGCCGUGGCGACUAAGAACAUCACGAGCACGAGGCUGCGAUCGGAGCGCACUACCCAGGUCGAUGAAGAUGCCGAAUCAAAGCGACGAGAGCAUCAAAAGGAGCUGGCUGCCAAGAAGCAGAAGGAGGGCCUUGCCAGGUUCGCCGAGUCUACGAGCGGACAGAACGGUGGAGAGGUGAAGAAGUUCAAGCGCUUCGAGUCGUACAAACGAGACGACCAGUUCCCCCUCAAGAUCAGGAACCUGGAAAUCGUCGUGGACUCGAAGAACUCCACGGUCGUCCUGCCCAUCAUGGGCAGACCCGUUCCCUUCCACAUCAACACAAUCAAAAAUGCCAGCAAGAGCGACGAAGGCGACUUUGCUUUCUUGCGCAUCAACUUCCUCUCCCCUGGCCAAGGCGUUGGAAGAAAGGACGACCAGCCCUUCGAGGACGCGUCUGCACACUUUGUCCGCAGUUUGACCUUCCGGUCCGCAGAUGGCGACAGGUACAGCGAAAUCGCAACGCAGAUCUCCAACAUCAAGCGAGAUGCUGUCAAGAAGGAGCAAGAGAAGAAGGACAUGGAGGACGUUGUCGAACAGGAUAAGCUCAUGGAAAUUCGGAACCGUCGCCCUGCCGUCCUGGACAAUGUCUACAUUCGGCCUGCCAUGGAAGGCAAGCGAGUUCCUGGCAAAGUCGAGAUCCACCAGAACGGUAUUCGUUAUCAGUCGCCGCUUAAUGCGCAGCACCGUGUCGACGUACUGUUCUCCAACAUCAAACACCUGUUCUUCCAGCCUUGCCAACAUGAGUUGAUUGUCAUCAUCCAUAUCCACCUGAAAGACCCCAUUCUUGUCGGCAACAAAAAGAAGACCAAGGACGUCCAGUUUUAUCGCGAGGCAACAGAUAUUCAGUUCGACGAGACUGGCAACCGCAAGCGCAAAUAUCGCUAUGGCGAUGAGGAUGAGUUUGAAGCCGAGCAAGAGGAACGCCGGCGCAGGACCGAGCUCGAUCGGCUGUUCCAAGGCUUCGCGCAAAAGAUUGCCGAAGCUGGCCGCAACGAGGGCAUCGAGGUGGACAUGCCUAUCCGCGACUUGGGCUUCCACGGUGUGCCGUUCCGCAGCAAUGUUUUCGUUCAGCCGACGACCGACUGCCUGAUUCAAGUUGUCGAACCACCUUUCAUGGUCAUCACUAUUGAGGACAUCGAAGUUGCUCAUCUCGAGCGUGUUCAAUUCGGUCUGAAGAACUUCGAUAUGGUCUUCGUCUUCAAGGACUUUACGAGAGCACCGUACCACAUCAAUACCAUCCCUGUGGAGUUCCUCGACCAGGUCAAGGACUUCCUCGACUCGUCCGACAUUGCCUACACUGAGGGUCCUCUCAACCUCAACUGGCCCACCAUCAUGAAGACCGUCACUGCGGACACCCACCAGUUCUUUGUCGACGGUGGCUGGUCCUUCCUGCAGGCCGACUCUGAUGACGAGGACGGCGGCGAGGAAGAGGAAGAGGAGUCUGCGUUCGAGAUGGACGACGACGAGCUCGACGAGGCGAGUGAGUCGAGCGAGGAGGGUUCAGACUUUGGCAGCAACGUCAGCGACGAGGACGACGACGAUGACGCGGAGCUGGACAGCGACGAGGAAGGCGAGGACUGGGACGAACUCGAGAAGAAGGCGAAGAAGCGGGACCGCGAGAGCGGCCAUGACGAGGAAGACCGCGGCGGCAAGAAGAAGCGCAAGCGAUGA